GCAGCGCCCCCGGCCCCGGAAGGGAGGGAGGGAGGAAGGAGGGAAGGAAGGAGGGAGGGGUGCCGUGGCGUGAAGCCCUGGGUGUGGGCGCCGGGACGUGAGGAAGCCGGAGAUGCUGCGGCCGGACCGAGGGCGCUGACGACCCGCCGGCCGGGCAGCACCAUGCCGUUCCCGCCCCUGCCGCCGCCGCCGCCCACCCCGGGCCCGGGGGUCCCCGCCGCGCGCCCGCCGCCCCGGAAGCCGGCCGCCCCCCGCAAGGCGGCCGUGCCCGCCUGCGCCCCGCCGGGGCCCUUGCCGCCCGCCGCGGCCGCGGAGAAGAAGAGGCGGCCCCCCGAGCGACCCCCGGUGCUGCUGUCCAGCUCCUGGCCCUCCGCCACCCUGAAGAGGCCGCCGGCCCGCCGCGCCCCCGGCCCGGCCUCCCCGCGCGCCCCGGCCCCGUGCGCGCCCCGGCCGGCAGGCUCCGGCGACGGCCCCGCGGGGGCCGCCACCUCCGGGGCCGGGCCCGACGCCGCCCUGCGCUUCUCCCUGAGCCUCACGCCCGAGGCCGUGCUGGUCAUCCAGCGGCGCCACCUGGAGAAGCAGCUGCUGGCGCGGCCCCGUCGGGCGGCGCCCGCGCCCUCGGCCGACGCCGGGCGCCCGCUCGCCCCCUGCCCCCGGGCCCGGGCCGCAGGCCUCGGCCGCCGGCCGCCCCUGCCCGGCGCCCCGCUGCUGCCCGGCGGCCUGCAGGGCCCCGACCCCGGCCCGCGGCCCGCGGACCUGCGGCCGCUGCUCAAGGUGUCGCUGCUCAACGAGCGGCACAAGUACGACGACGUGGAGUACGAGGAGGAGGCCGCGGCCGCCGACGAGGGCCUGGUGCGCAAGUGCACCGAGUGGCUGCGCGGCGUGGAGUCGGCGGCCGCCGCGCGCGACCGGGCGGGGCCCCUGGACGCGCUGCCGCACCUGAGCUCGCUGUGACCGCGCCCCGGGGACACUCGGCCUCGCUGACGCCCCCGCGCCCCUCCCGGGAGCCCAGGGGCCCCCGCGGGACACGGCCUGCCUCGCCGACCCCGCGGCCCACCUGCCGCACGCCGGGGCCUGCGGGCCUGCCUUCUGCACCUGCGGGCCUUUUCCACGCCCACAGGUGUCCUCGGGGCUCGUGGCGGGGGCGGGGGGUGAGCGGGAGUGAAGGUGCCUGUCAGCUCCCACUCCUAAGGUUCGCGUAGGUCCCGGAGACCCUCCGCGGGGCGCGGGCCCCUGUCUGUGGGUGUCGCUCUGCGGGUGCGCGACGCCAGGUGCCCUGGUCCGAGCAGUAGGUGACAGCCACGUGUGGGUGCGGGGCAACCAGGAGGGUGGCCGUCUGGUGCAGAGCUGGACACGGUGCUGCGCUUAGAAUUUUGUUUCUCCUGAGUAGAAACAUGUCCCGGGGAAUGCAAGGUCUGGGGGCUCAAGUGAACCGAACUUCCCAACGGGAAGGGGGAGGCUAGUGACCGCCAGGAAGGUCCGCCUGGAGAGUGGGCGCUGUGCCGGGCACAGUGCUCUGCGGUCACAACACCGACUCGUGGGGGCUUUCGAGCCCACGUACACACUUACACACGCACACUCACACAUGCUUACCCUCACACACACGCACUCAGCUCUCACACUCACAUACUCGUGCUCUCACGCACACUUACACACCUCACACUCAUGCUCCUACGUGCACACAUGCUCACACGUCCUCACACUGGUUCACAUACAUGCUCUUGCCCGCAAUGCUCUCUCCACUCACAAACCUCACACGCGCGCGCACACAAGACUUUCUGAAGCACAGCUGCGGGAAUUGUUUUCAGCGUCUGGGGGAAGGUGUGAGCCAGAGCGAGGCUCGGCUUCUGGAAAAUGCAUCCUCUGUACUUGAAGGGCUGCUCACAAAUGUCUUUUGUGCUACAGAAAGGAAGGGUAGCCAGAGGAAGGGGGCAAAGUGCAGAGCUGGACCCAGACGCAGGACAAGAUGUGCCUGGCCAGAGAGCCACUUGUUUAGGGAGAAAGUGGGGAGUGCAGAGCAGAUGGGUGUGUUUUCAGUAUCUUUAAUCGCUGUGUGAAAAUCAGUGACAUGGUGGCUUUGUACAGUUGUAUACAGUGAUUUGAGAAAAGGAAAUUAUUUGAACAAAGGGUGAGACUCCGCUGCCUUUCAGGAGUCAUACCCUUCCCCACUAACUCCAGGCUGAUUUCUAGAUUUUUUUUUCCAUGCAUCUAUUUCACUCGAAGGUUGAGAAGGGGGGAAAAUGUUAUAAUCAGAUAAAGCUGGUUAGAGAAGAGUGUAAUGUAUUACCUCAAUUUUGGACUUAUUUUGUAAAAGUUAAUAACUAGCUUAAUGUUUAUCUCAGACUUUAAUGUGUCAAGUCGAUUAUAUUUACAUUGAAGCUUUACAUUUUUAAAAACCAGUUUGUAUUUUUCUUGUGGAGAUCUCUGCUCUAAUCUCGCUCUCUCGUGCCAGGCACAAAUGUAGGUAGACACGGAACAUCUAAUUUUGUGGGAGCUAGAUCAGCCGCCAGAUGAGAUGCAAAACCAAAUACCCCAUCCACUGAAUAGCUUGCCUCCUGUUUGAAUGCACAGAGCUAGACUGUCUUUUAUUUUAAAUGAGUGUAUUACUACCAGAGAGGCAAAGUCAGCAAUCGUUCGGAGGUGAAAUUAAGACACGUGUCUCGUGAAUGCUCCGGGCGCCCCCGGUGGCGUCUGCAGAGCUGGGUCCUGGGGGAGAAAUGAAAGCUUGUUCUGGACAUCAACCAGCAGGUUGAGAGUGAACUGUGAGAUCAAGGUGGGCAGAGUCGUAACUUGGUCUCUUUUGCACUUAGUGCAAAUACCGGUGAUUAAGAGGCCCAGGGUCCUGCCCAUCGUGACAAUAACAUUUUAAAGACUUUCCUAAAGGAAUCGAUGUUUGCAGAGUGUCUUUCUGCGUCUGCCCGUGUGUGUCUGGGUCCUGCUGCUGGUCAUGCGUGGUCUCUGUGCCCCUGUGUUAUCCUUUGUUUCCCUCUCCUCAUCCUACCCCCUUCUCUGGGCUCCUAGCCCCAUCUCGCUCUUAACCGGCCGCGGUAAGACACCACGCACAUUUUUCUCCCUUGCGACGUCGGUUAGAGUUGUGUGCCUUGUUCUUCACUUUAAAAGCAGAUGUGUGGAACAUUUAGAUUAUGCUGGUUGACGGACGACCCUCAGUAAAAAGUGAGAAAGGUUCUACACCUGACACGUGAUGUCUGUUCAUGUUGUAACUGAUGUUUUGAGGAUGUUUUCUAAGUCACUGCGCUGCAGCUUCUUAAUGCUUAAAUAAAGGAGAAAUUUGAUGACUGUAUUUCUUUUUAGGAGGAUAUUAAACAGUGGUCAGGAAGAGAUCUCCGAGGUAUUUAGAGGUCUUCUGAGGGAAUUCCCUGGCGGUCCAGUGGUUAGGACUUGGCGCUUUCACUGCCGAGGGUGAAGGUUCGAUCCCUGGUCAGGGAACUAAGAUCCCACAAGCUGCGCAGCGAGGCCAAAUAAAUAAAUAAAUAAAUAAAGUUCAUCUGAGAUGGUCUCUCCGUGGUGCUGCCCCACCUGGGGCUCUGGAAUUUCCAGGGGUUGGCAAAGGGUCAUCGGCCUUAAUUACUGCCAGCAGUGACCAGGAUUUUAAUAAUUCUAAUGCUAGUCAAAGAGUAUUGUAAUAAGGUUGGCAACAGUACUUAACCUCCUGUCAUGUCACAGACCCCCCCCAUGAAAGCUAUAUUCAAAUAUACUCCUAAGAAUGUGUUGCAGAGCGUCUUGCUGGAAAGCAGAUGCGUCUUUUCCGGAAAUAGCAGAUGCCGGAAAUCAGAAACUUCAGUUUUGUGGUUUCACGAGAAAUGAUACAAUUCUGUGGAAGGAAGGUGGUGAUCUGUGGGAUCUGGUUAUAUUAAACUGACUCUGAAAUUGUAA